AUGGCAGCACAAUUAUAUGAGACCACAAGUGGUCGUUUGUUUCAUGCAGGUGCAGUUGCAGUGAUUACUGUUGGUUUACCAGCUCGUGGUAAGACUCAUGCCUCCAGAUCUCUUUGUCGUUACAUGCGUUGGCUUGGUGUCUCUACCAAAGUCUUCAGUGUUGGUAACUACAGAAGAGAACGUUUAGGCUCACUUUCUGAAGAUUGGUUUGAUCCAAAUAAUAGCAAGGCUACUGAAACUCGUUUGCAAGUAGCCGACGAAUGUCUUGAUGAUCUUAUUAGCUGGCUUCAAACAGGAGGUGGUCAAGUGGCUAUUUUCGAUGGCAAUAAUGUCACAGAAACCAGAAGAAAACAAAUUCACGAUAAGCUAUUAGCCAAUGAUAUCCAUCCUUUAUUCUUGGAAUUUAUUUGUAAUAAGCCCGACAUCAUUCUAGCUAAUAUUAGAAGUGUCAAAAUUUCGUCACCAGAUUAUGUUGGAUGGGAUCCAGAGGAGGCUGUUAAGGACUAUAAGCGCCGGAUUAAACAACAUGAAGAUAACUAUGAAACAAUAACAGAUACUUCGCUGCCUUUUGUUAAGAACAUGAACGCUGGCGAGCAGUUUAUUGUAAACAACGUGAUAGGAUAUCUCCAGUCACGUAUCGUAUAUUACCUCAUGAAUCUCCAUAUUCAACGUCGUACAAUUUAUUUCGCACGGUCCGGUCCUUCUCUGAACGAUAACUCUUAUAAGGCCGAUGCUAAUCUUUCUCUCGAGGGAGAACAAUAUGCCGAAAAAUUAAAGGAAUUCAUGUUGAACUAUCAUGAACAAAAAAAUGCCAGUAGGGUACCCGAUGAGCAACGUCCUUUAACAAUUUGGACGUCAACGCAAAAGAAGGCACUGGAAACAGCCAUUCCUUUUAUUAAUGCAGGUAUUCCUGUUAGACAACAAUCAGUCCUCAACCAGUUGAAUCCCGGUGAGUCUGAUGGUUUAUCUCCUGCUGAAUUAAAAGAACGUUUUCCUGAAGAAAUCGCCAAAGUUCGCGAGAACCCAUAUCGUCAUAGAUAUCCACGUGCAGAGUCGUACCAUGAUUUAGCUGUAAGAUUGGAAUCGGUCAUUAUGGAACUCGAACGUGAAAAGAAUGAUGUCUUGAUCGUAGCCCAUGAAACAGUAUUGCGUUGUUUGUAUGCAUAUUUGUUAGAUAGACCUGCAUCCGUAAGUUUUAUCAAUUCAUACACACAUGAUCCAUAUAUUAAUCCUCUUGAAUAGGAAAUUCCAACCAUUUCCAUCCCUCGCUACUGUCUUAUAGAAAUUACACCUUCGGCUUAUGGCUGCAAAGAAUCUCGAAUGGAAAUAAAUUAAUUCUUUUUAUUGUUUUAAAAAGCAAACCUGUGUCCUUUACGUUGCAUGUACAUAUAUUUAGAUCUACAUGACAAAUCUGAACGGCCAGUGUUUAAUUCCUUUGCGACAGUAGACCACAUACUCUGCUUAGACGAU